CUCAGUUGGUCGGUCAAAAAGCAAAUCAGAAAACAAGAACAGUAUUCAGUGAGGAAAAAAAAAAACUUGACUCAGACAAGAACAAGAUAUGCAGCCAGCCGAUCAUCAAAACCAAGAGCUCUAUCGUUUUUUGGCCCAAAACGGGUUAAUUAACGUGAACAACAAUAAUGGUUCAUAUGUUGGGUUCCCAGGAGGAGCUAGCUGUGAUCAGUUUUCAGCUAUGCAAAGCUUUUGCAGCUCUUCUUCUUACAAUUAUUACCCUCUGGAAGUCUCUGGAGUUAGCACUGAACAUGAAACCUCACCUCAAGAUAGAGCCCUUGCUGCUCUCAAGAAUCACAAGGAGGCUGAGAAGAGAAGGAGAGAGAGAAUCAACUCCCAUCUCGAUAAGCUUCGAGGCCUUCUUCCUUGCAAUUCCAAGACAGACAAAGCCUCUCUGUUAGCAAAGGUGGUUCAACGAGUGAAAGAGCUGAAACAACAAACUUCAGAGCUCACUGAGCUUGAGAGCUUCCCUUCUGAGACUGAUGAAAUCACUGUGCUCUCUUCGGAUGAUUAUUCAAGUGAUGGAAGAAUUAUUUUCAAGGCCUCUUUGUGCUGCGAGGACCGGACCGACCUCCUACCUGACCUAAUUGAAAUUCUAAAAUCCCUCCAUCUGAAGACACUCAGAGCUGAAAUGGCCACCCUCGGAGGAAGAAUUCGCAACGUGCUUGUCGUUGCUGCGGAUAAAGAUCACACCAUUGAAUCAGUCCAUUUCUUGCAGAAUGCGUUGAAGUCUUUACUAGAACGCUCAAAUGCUAGUGAAAGAUCGAAAAGGCGACGCGUAUUAGACCGCACAUUAGUCCUUUAAUUAGUACUAGUACAUACUGCUAAAAUGGUGAUCAUAACUAUUUUCAAGUUCGUCUUUCAUUCUAUAUAUUUUCUCAUAUAUGUAAUUUUGUUUGAAAUUAAUUGUGUGGGUUUGUUUUUAAUUUAUAUAUGGAGUUGUUUUUUAGGGCUUUCAAUCUCAGACUCAGAGCAAGCUUGUUGCAAUUCGCAUGCAUGUGAUCUAAAAAGAGACCAUUUUGAUGAAUGAUUUUAUGA